CCCGAGUCCCAGCAGCCGCCUCCGUCGCGGCUCCAGGGGGUGCGGCGGCCGGCGAUCGGCCAGAGCUCGCGCUCCGGGGAGGGGAGCGGGACAUCCCCGAAGGCGGCCGCGCGGGAGGCGGGGAGCCCGCGGGAGGAGGAGGAGGAGAGAGGUGGGAGGAGGGAGAGGGGGAGGAGAGAGGGGGGUGCAGCGGGCGGGCGGCGCGAGGGAGCCGGAGGAAGGCAAGAAAGUAGCAGAAAGUGAGGCUGGCAGGCGGCGGCAAAGGAGCCGGCGAGCGGCGGCGGCAGGAAGUCUGCGCCCGAGACCAGCAGAAAUAAGAGCCAGGGAGGUAGCGCGGCGGCGGCGAGAGCGAAAGAGGAAACUGCAGCGGAGGAAGCUGCCGCAGACCGCGCCGCCCGGCGCCCGCGCCCCGCAACCCCGCGCCGCGCCGCGCCCCCGGCGCCCCCUCCCCAGCGCGCCCCCGGCCGCCCGGCUCUCGGCGGCCAUGGCCCGGGAGAACGGCGAGAGCAGCUCCUCGUGGAAAAAGCAGGCUGAAGACAUCAAGAAGAUCUUCGAGUUCAAGGAGACCCUCGGAACCGGGGCCUUUUCUGAAGUGGUUUUAGCUGAAGAGAAGGCAACUGGAAAACUCUUUGCGGUGAAGUGUAUCCCCAAGAAGGCGCUGAAGGGCAAAGAAAGCAGCAUAGAGAACGAGAUAGCAGUGCUGAGAAAGAUUAAGCAUGAAAAUAUUGUUGCCCUGGAAGACAUCUACGAAAGCCCAAAUCACUUGUACUUGGUCAUGCAGCUUGUAUCGGGUGGAGAGCUGUUUGAUCGGAUAGUGGAGAAAGGAUUUUACACAGAAAAAGAUGCCAGCACUCUGAUCCGCCAGGUCUUGGAUGCCGUGUACUAUCUCCACAGAAUGGGCAUUGUCCACAGGGACCUCAAGCCCGAAAAUCUGUUAUACUACAGUCAAGACGAAGAGUCCAAAAUAAUGAUCAGUGACUUUGGAUUGUCAAAAAUGGAAGGCAAAGGAGAUGUGAUGUCCACAGCCUGUGGAACCCCCGGCUAUGUUGCUCCUGAAGUCCUGGCCCAGAAACCUUACAGCAAAGCGGUCGACUGCUGGUCCAUCGGGGUGAUUGCCUAUAUCUUGCUCUGUGGCUACCCUCCUUUUUAUGAUGAAAAUGACUCCAAGCUCUUUGAACAGAUCCUCAAGGCAGAAUACGAGUUUGACUCCCCCUACUGGGACGACAUCUCUGACUCUGCAAAAGACUUCAUUCGGAAUCUGAUGGAGAAAGACCCAAAUAAAAGAUACACGUGUGAGCAGGCAGCUCGGCACCCAUGGAUCGCUGGGGACACAGCCCUCAACAAGAACAUCCAUGAGUCUGUCAGCGCCCAGAUCCGGAAGAACUUCGCAAAAAGCAAAUGGAGACAAGCGUUUAACGCCACAGCUGUCGUGAGACAUAUGAGAAAACUCCAUCUUGGCAGCAGCCUGGACAGUUCAAAUACCAGUGUUUCGAGCAGCCUCAGUUUGGCCAGCCAAAAAGAUUGUGCGCCUGGCACCUUCCACGCUCUGUAGCUUCAUUUCCUCUUCGUCGGGGGUCUCAGGAGUCGGAGCUGAGCGGAGACCCAGGCCCACCACUGUGACCACAGUGCACACUGGAAGCAAGUGACUGGCUCUGGAGGUGGAGCCCGGGGGCAGGGCCAGGGAAGGGGAGCCCCUGCAGCGAGACCCCAUCUUGCAUGGUGCACCUCCUCGCACAGGACUGGAAGACAGAAGUUUUUUUAUGGCCAUAUUUUAUACUGCAGUUCUGAAGCGUUCAUUUCUCACAAACUGUACUGACUCAAGGGGAGCUGACCCACCAGGAUCUGGUGCUGUACGUACGAUCGGGCAGAGCGCUGACUGAACAGACCUUCUCAUUCCUCUUCCCCGGCGCCGUCAUUUCCACUCUCCCCAGCUUAGGUAACCAUCUAUGGUGUAUUUUUUCAUUAAUGACAAAAAAAAAAUUGGUUUCAACUGGAUUAUUUAAAUAUUGGUAAAUAUUGUGCAUUAGGGGUUUUUUUCCUUUUAAGAAGUAUAUCCUUUUGACUGUAUCUCUCAGUUACCUGACCUGUAUCUGUUGCUCUUUAAUAGUGAUUUUAUGUUAACCUGUAAGAGAUUUUUUUUUUCCUCCAAGGGGAAUUUAAAGGUGUUUUGUAAAAUUCUACCAAGAGGACCGAAAGCCUGUCUCCAAGGCUGAGGGCACUUUACCUCUAUCCCUUCUAUUCUCCCCCCUUCCUUGGGAAGGGGUUCCCUGAGAAGGCAAUAUGGCAAGUCUGCAGGGCUGUGCUCUCCCCAGGGUGGGGAUCUGGGGGAAUCUACAGAAACCACCCCCCCAGCAGCCCCUCCAACAGACCCCAGCUACCUGGAGCCCAGAGGGGCCUCUGGCCAUCUGCAGUCAGAAAUAAAGAAGCCUGCUCCCCCAAGACCCAAGGCUAAACGUCACAGGCCGAGCUUGCUGUGAAAUCUCCACAACGCAGAGAUGCAGGAGCCUCCCUGACAAAGAACAAGCUGUGCUUUUGUUGAAAGUGAACCCCACUCACAAGCCUCGUUUCCAGGGGAGGUAGCAGAUGAAAGCUCUGACCUCAGCUAUGCAGUUUUAAAAUUAAUCUCUCUCUUUCUCUGUUUUUUAAAAAAUACAUUUCUAAUCUUACACUUACAAAGGCCUCUGACACACGCAGGUGGUUUUUGCACAUUUUUAUCCGAUUCCUGUAUGAUUGUUUUCUGAAGGAAGGGAGGGAGGUGGCCUUGGAAAGGCACCCAUCUUUGUGGUAAGGAUAAGUGGCCCACCAGGCCCGCAGGGCACAGAGAUGUCCUCAGCCAGGCCCAGCUGGUGCUUGGAGCCACUCCUCUGAUCAGGGGAGUCUAAAAUCAAAGACCUAUGGCAGCAGGGUCGCCCGCUGCCCCAGUGAGCAUGAGAUUGAAGGAUUUCCCAAACGUGGGACUUUCUGUUCUUAAACUAGGAUUGUCUUGGGUGCACCAGGUCAUGCCGCUCAUCCUCAUGGGACAGGUGUGCAGGAGAGAACAACGGCCACAUGUGACCCAGGCAAACUACUUUCUGAGGAGGUGCCAAGUACCAGCUCUGCAGAAGCCCUCACUCUGCCCUUCAAGUCCAUCCACCACCCUGAGCCCCCACAGGCAUCCCAGCAGGUCUUCCUGAUGGCCCGGUGACCUCCUGACAGUGGUUGUCUUGCCCUCCUACUAGAGUCAGCCGGUCAGGGGGGAUCCUUUUGGCCAAACCUGCAUUGUCACUGCCACACCUUUGCCUGUGUUCAGGCUGAGUGUUCAGUGACACUCCUACCCUCUCUGACACACCACAUACAAACACACACAUUAGGCUCGGCCACACAGGUGUGCGUAGGAGCAUCUGGGAAUGCAGGCAGCCGGUGUCCCUGUCCCCCCAUGCUCAGCUGCUUGGUGUCUGCCACUCAGGCACAUGGGGUAAGAAAAUCAAGCUGUCACUUUUCAAAAUCUGUAAAAAGCCUAGAAAAGUCUACAAAGGGACAACAGACCCAGUUAAGCAGGCGUCACCAGUGUUGAGUAGGCAUCAGUCCCUCCACAAGGACAGUGACACGAACAUUAAAAACAGUAUUUGGGCAAGCUGAGGAGCCUCCAGAGCUUUGCUAGGACACCGCUCAAUCACAGCAUCAUGGAAGCACUCAGGGUCCAACAGCAUAAGAAAGGGAGUGAAUAGGUCGCAGCAGGUGAUAAUUUGCCUGAAUUUGGCACCUACCACGUGCCCAUGAAUAGUUACAAAGACCUCUUGGUGCUGUGUGCCCUACAGAGCGGUUUCCAUUUAGAAAGCAACAUUUGAAGCCACAUCCCAUUAUUGGUGACUGGAGCAGCGUCUGCAGCUGAAAGUUGGUGCGUGUUACUGCAGUAGGUGGCGAGCAGGGCACAGCGGCUGAGAGGUGAGCUCUGUGCAAGGUCCCCCUUGCCAUGUGUGGUCUGUGGCACAUAAGGUCUCAGUGACAUUGUGUGAGGAGAUGGUGGCUGGUUUCAGCCCAGGAGUAAACUGUGGAAGGUGACAUCAGGAAGGAGGUGAGCUCCGUGCAAGGUCCCCCUUGCCAUGUGUGGUCUGUGGCACAUAAGGUCUCAGUGACAUUGUAUGAGGAGAUGGUGGCUGGUUUCAGCCCAGGAGUAGACUGUGGAAGGUGACAUCAGGAAGGCCAUACUGUCGCGAUACCGCUAGGCUUAGGUCCUUCCUAUUAGAAAGCCAAGAGCCUUGGCGCUUUAGAGAGAGCCUCGCAGUAAAAUCAGAGGUUCUCUUUCAGCCACGCUGGGUACGAAUUGUUUUAUCACAAAAUGGGAAGAGAAGCAGAAGGCGCCCUGUGUGAAGAUAAGUGGCCCACCAGGCACGCAGGGCACAGAGAUGGCCUCAGCCAGGCCCAGCUGGGGGGCAAAGCCCCAGACCCCGCCCGGGCACCUCAGAGGGCACCUACGUGACACACCCUCCCUGUCACAAACUGCUUCCCUGACCCCACGUCCCCCAUCUUGUCACUUGUUAGAGCACGUGGACUUUCCUUUUCUACGUCACUGUUAAGUCUGGAAAUCGUGGCUGAGAACGGCCUUCCCUUAGCUGCCCGUCUGUCCCUCCCUCGCUUCCCUGAUCUGUGUCUCCUACUCGAGGUGAGAGAAGCUGACGUUCAUGGAGAUGAACCGAGUGGCACUGCACCCAGGCACCAAUGGGCAGAGCUCAGCCCAGGUGGCUCCGGGCCCGGGGUCUGGGGUGCUAGCUGCUCCAACCCCCCAUUCCUGGAGGGUACACAGGGGGAGGGGCAGGGCAUGGCCAGGGAGGGGGCAUGGAGACGAUGCUGCCACACCCUGGAGGUGGACAGGACAGCACCUCCAGGCCGCUCGGGCCUCCUGUAAUGCCUCCCACCACCCCUGCCCCCAUAGGACGAGAGAAAAAUCAUCUCCUUUCUAUUAAGGAAUUAUGCAAAACUCAAAAAAGAGAGAAAAGAAGAAAGCAAGCAAGCAGCGUGGCUUAGCAUUCUGGAUCAUGGCCAUGAUUCCGGUCACUUCUAAAAUCCCACCUCAAGGACAGGGAGCAGCCACCCCUACCCCGGCAUAGGAGCCUGUGACCUUUGACAGGGCCCUACUCUGCAGCCAGCUCUUAGAGUGACGUUUAGGAACCUGGUAGUCAGGCUAGAGCCAAGGAAGAUGCCCGUGAGCACAUGGACCAAGGUGUGGCUCCCAGAAAGCAUCAGCAGUCUCAGUAGAGGGAUUUGGUACAGAAAGCCCCAGCCUCAGUUUACCUGCUCAGCACUGGUCUCAUCAUGUCCAUUUGUCUGCCUUGGUGCCCAGCACGGCUUGGAUGGAUUGCGAGUGGAAGGGGGAACUCCCUUUAGAACAGAGACUGAGGCCACCAGGCACUAGGGGAGGGAGCCCAGGUCACUGCUCUUGAAAGUGGAUUGGUCUUUUCUAUGGAAUGGCAGGUUGACCUGCCUGACCCACACUCCGCAAUUUUAAACAGAAAGAUAAGACAACAUCAGAGGAAAAGUGGACUUAGUGUUUUAAGGCUUUGGGCACCGUGGCCCCUGGGCCCACCCACAGCUUGGCCAGAAUCCAUUCUCCCCACCGGGGAAGCCAGGUGCCAAUCUUGGCUCCAGGCUGAAGCCAGGACUGGGGGUGCUGCCCCUGCUUCAGCCAGAAGCUCCCUCCCUGGUGGUACCUCCAUUGGUGAACUGCUGGGGCCCCUGUAGGUGUGCAGAAGGGAUGUACUGGCUGGCACGUGGCAGCUCCUCAUUUUUCACAGAGUAUGACAUACUAUUUCCCAGAUCUGCACAGUCACACGCAAAUGACACAGAGGUCCUCUGAUGGAACAGUGCACGAACCCUUUGCAUGUGCUCCCGAAACAGUGCCCCUCCCCCUCUGUCUACUCAACACUCUGCAAAGUUUGCCUUUUCCUUAAACAUUCCAGACCAAACACUGUUCAGUUUGCUUUUUAAAAGAAACUGUGUAUACCUGUAUGUAAUCACCACUCCCGGGGGCGGGGUCACCAGUCCUAGGUCGGGGCUGCAGGUGCGUCUGACAUUUGCAAAAGGUGGUCCAAUCUCUUCAAUUGUUGGAAUUAAAAAUGUGGAGAUAGCAAAGCUGAAUUGAGAAAACAGUUUCCUAAAAAGGGAGGCUUAUUUCCUGAAGAUUCCAAGGAAAUGAGUGUGGAGAUGAGUUACCUUGACAUCCUCAGCUGUGUGUAGCAGGCAGUGCCCCACCACCCGACACCUUGGUGGCCCCAGUGCAUGGCAGACCGCAACCCGGGUGUGUGCAGGAGCCCGGCCCCGCUGUGAAGUCUGCCCUGCACACUGGCCAAGGCCCAGCCACCUCUCGAUGCCUCCACAGUCAGCAGGAAGGAAUCAGCCCUUCCCGGACUCCCCUGCCACCUCCCGCAGGAGCAGCUCAGCUCGUGGCUCUGGGGGGCUCUGCUUUUGCAAACCCAAAACGGCUGUGCAUUUGGAAGCCAAACGCUCAGCAUGUGGCUGCCGUCUGGUUUUGUGGACAAAGUAAACCGUGGAAUGGCUUCUCGGUGUCUGUAUCCUUCCACCCCAAAGGGACAGCUGCUGCACUCGUCCUUGGUACUAAAUGCCGCUUCCGCACCCGCCAUUCUGUUUUUAACCUUUGUAUCUCCAGAGAACUUCUCACAUGGUUAUUAUGUCAUCUGAUGAUUUGCCAUAUUAUUUUACUUACAGGUGAUUUUAUUUUCUUAUGGACAGGAAAAAAAAUGAGAGGAGUAUUUGAGGCUUUAAUCUUAGAGGUAAGACCUCACAAGCCCCAAACACUAGUUAAAUUGCUUCUAAAGGAAAAUCUCAAUCUGGCCAGACUGGAAUUCCCAGUCGCUCCUUGAAGCCCCAGGCACUGUGGAGUGCAGGGGCCCUUGGGGUGUGGUUGGGAGCCAGACUGCAAGAGUGUUAAAAGGGAACAGGGACAUCAGCUCGGAUGUUUGUCCUGCAGCCCUGAUGCCUGCCACUGACCUCAGGGGACUUGGCCCCAUCAGUGGCUUGAGGCGCUGUCUCACUGACAACAGAAAUGCUGAGAUUCUGCAGCAGCGUCUCAGUUUGGAAAGGCAAGGUGGCAUGUUACAGAGAACAUUUGUCCUAGUCCCACAUUCAGGUGAAAAGACGUCAAAGGUACACUCUGUCCAGAAUAAACAUUGGAACAAUUUCUAAAUUGGCUUUAGUUGCUACACAUUAACUCCCCCAACAGUGAGCAUGUUUUCCAAAAAUUACAAUGUCAAAACCAGGAAUGUCCCCGCGUCUACUAUUACCAGGCUUGCAAUUGGUUCAAUUUUUCCAUAAAAACAUGUUUGUCCAAAAGAAGGGAAACCGUGCAUUUAUUCCGUGCAUGUAAUAAACUGCAAGAAGUCUAACCCACAUAGGUUUGCGGCACUGCAGAAUUGUUCAUGGGUCUAUGUAGCAAAUGAUUCUCUGCCUUGACAAUCAUGUAUACAUAUCAAGAUUUCUAUCAUAAUGAUAACGAGAUUGAUGACUUCUUGUUUUCCUCCAAUAAAGACAAUUAAUCACCUUCA